AUAUCGAGGCUGAGGUACAGUGGCUAAACUGAGCGUACGAAUAACCUCACAGUUGACAGCAAAAAGAAGGCGGCAUCCGAAGCGUAUUUAAUGAUCAUUGCAGGUUUUAGAAAUGAGGCUCUAAUAGUCUAAUGCCAAUGUUGAAACCUCUCACGAUUUUGAUCGGAGCUGCAACUUGCAAUGUUGGAACUUUGUAAUUCCGCUCAGGAUCUCAACGCAGUAUCAGCCUACAAAACCUGCAACAACAAAACCACAUGCAGCAAGAGGCGAAGAGAGAGAGAGAGAGAGAGAGAGAGAGAUAAACUAGAAAACAAAUGGUGAGGUUGGAAGAUUUACGGGUUUGUUUCAAGGGCCCUUGCAUGUCUUUGAUCCUUACUGUGGUUGUGGCACUUUGAGGAUAUGGAGUCGCACGCUCUGCAACAUGCAUCAACGGGCCAGAAUCCCCGGCGCAACAGCUAUCCAUGCUUACAGAAUCCACCGUCAUUACCCUUCGCCGGCGACCACCUUAUCAAGGUUCAGAUGGGCCUCCCUCUAUCAUUCCACACCUUUUACGGAAGAAUCUCCACUCAGUUCGAGCACUUACUCCCUACUGGUCGAGGGCUGCAACACGUCUGCCAGUGUGAGCGAAGCGCGGCGCCAUCACCUCCAUGCCAUUCGUUCCGGCUUCGAUGCCGACAUUUUCCUUGCCAACUCUCUCGUCAAUGUGUACGUCAACGUGGGGUGCAUCGAGGACGCUCGCAAGUUGUUCGACGGAAUGCCUCAACGAAACACCGUGUCAUGGAGCUGCAUCAUCUCUGGUCACGUUCGACACGGCCGACCGAGCGAGGCUGUAUCUCUCUUCUCCGAGAUGAGGAGGGAAGGUUUCGACCCUACCCACUUUGCAUUGGGCAGUGUUCUUCGUGCGUGCAGUCAACGACGUGAUCGGCGGCUGGGGGAAGCAGUACAUGGACUCGUCGUCAAGAACGGAUAUGCAUUGCAUACGGUUGUUGGAAAUGUGCUAAUGGGAAUGUAUGCGAACUGCGUCUCGUUUGAUGAUGCCUUUACAGUGUUUGAUGAAAUUCCUGAGAAGAAUAUGGUGUCAUGGAACGGUAUCAUAUCAACUUGUUCGCGGUUCCAAGAAAAUGAUUUGGCGCUUGAGCUCCUAUCCGAGCUGCGACACAUGGGUAUGUACCCAGAUGAGUACACACUGGGAAGCCUUAUAAGCUGCUGCCAGGAACAUGUUGAGCAGAUUCUUGCGUAUGUCGUUAAAUCCGGCCAUUUAGGCAAUGUGUAUGUGGGGAGUGCUGUGGUUAGCACGUAUGCAAGAUUUAGGCAGGUUGCUGUUGCCCGUCGCAUAUUCGAUGACAUGGUGGAAAAGAAUGUUGUUUCAAUCAAUGGUCUGAUGGUUGGAUAUGUGAAACAGAGCUGCUGGGAAGAAACUUUAGAAAUUUUCUCUAGGAUGAGAAAUUUAGGCUUUGAGAUGAAUACUGAUUCUAUUGUUAUUCUUCUUAGUGCUUGUGCUUGUGGAAGUGAACCAAGUUGGGGAAGAGAGGUUCAUGCUCAUGUAUUCCGAACUGGCAUGCAGCAUGAGACUGCCAUUGGAAAUGCUCUGGUUAACAUGUAUGCUAAGUGUGGUGCUAUCCAUGAUGCCAGAAAAGUUUUCAAACUCAUGCCUAAGAAGGAUUCCAUAUCAUGGAAUGCAAUGAUCUCGGGGCUUGAUCAAAAUGAGUGCUACCAAGAAUCAUUCGAGACCUUCCUUGUGAUGAUGAGGGAAAGACUUGUGCCAGACAACUUGACAUUCGUAAGCACAUUGAGCUCAUGCGGGAACUUGACUUCUGUUCAGUCUGGACAGCAAAUUCAUUCUCAUAUUAUAAAACGGGGCCUGGACUUAGAUGUUUCUGUUGGAAAUUCCCUUCUCACCAUGUAUGCUUCAUCUGGGAGCAUAAAUGAUUCUUUCAAAGUAUUCAAUAGGAUGGUGGGACGUGAUCAGGUUUCAUGGAAUGCGAUGAUCGGAGCGUUAGCUGACUGUGAGAUGGCAACCGAAGCAUUGGGUUGCUUCCUUUCUAUGAUUCAUGAAGGAUGGACUGUGAACAGAGUGACCUUCUUAAAUGUACUUGCAGCAUUGUCCUUAGCUUCAGUUCUUGAGUCAUGUAGGCAGGUCCAUGCACUCACUCUGAAAAAUGGGCUUGCUAAAGACAACGCAAUUGAGAAUGCUCUUAUUUCUUCGUAUGCAAAAUGUGGAGAGAUGAACGAUGCGGAACAGGUUUUCCGUAGAAUGUCCAUGAGGGAUGUUGUGUCAUGGAACUCCAUGAUCACUGGCUACACCCAUAAUGGGCUUGCAAGCAAGGCCAUGGACAUCGUCGGUUAUAUGUUGCUCGUGGGACACCAGUUAGACUGCUUCACUUGUGCCACGGUGCUUAGUGCUUGUGCUGCUGUUGCAGCACUUGAACUUGGGAUGCAGGUUCACGCCUACAUCAUAAGAUCAUCUUUCGGAGCAGAUGUAGUUGUUGAGAGUUCUCUUGUUGAUAUGUACGCCAAAUGUGGAAGAGUAAACUAUGCAUCACGCCUAUUCGAUCUCAUGGAUUACAGAAAUGAGUUUUCGUGGAACUCAAUGAUAUCUGGCUAUGCACGGAAUGGAUAUGGGGAAGAGGCACUUGAGCUGUUCAAAAAAAUGCUUCAGCAAUCAGACAAGAGACCAGACCACGUCACAUUUGUUGGAGUGCUAUCUGCAUGUAGCCAUGUUGGUUUGGUGGAUGAAGGUCUUGAAUAUUUUGAGUCCAUGAGAAGUAGUUAUGGAUUGGUUCCAAAAAUGGAGCACUAUUCAUGCAUUGUUGAUCUUCUUGGUCGUGCUGGUCGAGUUACAAAGGCAGAGGAGAUUAUUCGAAGCAUGCCUAUGCAGCCUAACAGCCUUAUUUGGAGGACUUUGCUGGGUGCAUGUUGCAGAACGCGUGGGAACAUUGAAUUAGGCAUUCAAGCUGCAGAAAGGCUUUUGGAAUUGGAACCUCAAAACCCAGUUACUUACGUGCUCAUGUCUAAUAUGUUGGCCUCAGGAGGGAAAUGGGAAGAGGUAACCAAAGUGAGGACCAUGAUGCGGGGGAUGAAAGUGAAGAAGGAGCCUGGUUGCAGUUGGGUCAUGAUGAAGGAUGGUGUUCACUUGUUUGUAUCCGGCGACUCAUCUCACCAGGAUGCUUCCGUGAUCUAUGCUAAACUGGAAGACCUCAAUCUGCAAAUGAGGAAUGCUGGGUAUGUUCCUCAGACUGAGUUUGCCCUGUAUGACCUUGAAGCAGAACACAAAGAACAGCUGCUUAGCUAUCACAGCGAGAAGCUUGCUCUUGCAUUUGUUCUGACGCGCACGACAGGGAAGUUGCCGAUUCGAAUAAUGAAAAAUCUGAGGAUAUGUGGGGACUGUCAUUCUGCUUUCAAAAUCAUAUCCCAGAUCAUAGGAAGACUGAUCAUUGUGCGUGAUUCCAAUCGAUUUCAUCACUUUGAUGCUGGGCAAUGUUCUUGCAAGGAUUACUGGUAACCAACAAAUGGUUGCAAGUGAGGAACAUUUGACCUGCAAUAGGCUCCUCUGCUAUUUUGGAGGACCAGCGGAACUGCAAGAUUCUUUUCAUCUCUUUGACACAUAAAUAUCCCAUACUAUUUAUGGGCUAGCACUUUAACACUCAAUGGAUUAUUUUAUCUAUUUCACAUGACAGCUUUUUAAAUCUGCAAACGAGAAGCUCUGAGAGAAGAUGUAGUUGAUAAUUCAAGAUACUGAUGUAGUGACUGUUGCAUGAAUUCAUUAUCUAUAUUCAAUUAUA